UUCACAAGCCCUUUGUCGGUGUGUGUUUGUGAUUAUUUAGAGUGUGGCUGCAGAAAAACGGACAUCCAGUUCUAACAUUACAGACACUGGGACAUUUGCUGCUGUGCCUGGGAGAUGGAAACGUCUGACAGAUAAUGUGUGGCUGUAAAAUUUGUAGGAAAAAAAAUGACAAGGUGUCUUUAAAGAUGCUGAGGAAGUGAGAAGAGGUGAUGAAAAAAAGGUAGCGUGGCCAGUGAAAACAGCAAAGGGUCAUGGGAUGUGGCAUGGGAAAGUCAGAACCACAGCUGAAGAAAUGUGAUGGAGUGAGCAUCUCAGUUCCAGCUGCCACUGCAAUCAGAGCGGCUCUGUUGAUCCAGCGCUGGUACCGUCAGUACGUGGCCCGGCUGGAGAUGAGACGCAGGUGCACGUGGAACAUCUUCCAAUCUAUUGAGUAUGCAGGAGAGCAAGACCAGAUUAAGCUCUACAGUUUUUUUGGCUUCCUGAUGGAUCACUUCACCCCAGCCAGCAGUGAAAGAAACCUAAUAUCGCACAUCUUUCGCGAGAAUGAAAUCUGUCGUGACACGGAGUGGGAGAGAUAUUUUUGCUACAAGAGCAUUGAGGUACCUGACGGCUACACCGGCCCUCAUCUGACCUUCCCUAUGACCUUCUGUGGGGUGUCAAAGCUGGUGGAGGCCUUCAAGCACAAACAACAGCUCCAUGCUCGAUACGUCCUGCAGCUUCUUGGAGAGACUUGGAGAUGUCUAAGAAUUCUUAAAAAUAUCAAUCAUGUCUCCACCUGCCAUACAAAGGAGAUUACCAUAUGCGGAGACCUACAUGGGCACCUUGAAGACCUGCUGAUGAUAUUCUAUAAGAAUGGUUUGCCAUCCUCGGAGAAACCGUACGUCUUCAAUGGAGAUUUUGUGGAUCGUGGCAAAAACUCCUUAGAGAUCCUGCUCAUCCUGUUUGGGUUCCUGCUGGUCUAUCCCAAUGACGUCCAUCUGAACAGAGGGAACCACGAGGACCACAUUGUUAAUUUGAGAUAUGGUUUCACUAAAGAAGUUCUGGGAAAAUACAGGCUGCACGGCAAGAAGAUCCUAAAGCUUCUCCAGAAGAUCUUCAGCUGGCUGCCUCUGGCCACAGUGAUCGAUCACAAGGUGCUGAUUGUGCACGGAGGGAUCUCUGACAGGACAGACCUCGACACGCUAGCCCGAGUUGACAGACACAGAUACGUGUCGGCCCUCAGGCCUCCUAAGCCGACCCAUCAUGAAGUCAACGGCAGCAAGACUCAGACAAUGAACAACGAUAACCAGGAGUCCUGUGGACCAGUGGAAGGCCGCCGUCGAGUGUGUUCUCUGACUUACCACAGCUCGGCACCGGCUCAAAGGCACAACCUCCCACGCCGCUCGCUGCACAACCUGCCCACGAGCAGUCAACUCAACUGGUCAGUGGAAGAGGAGCUAAAGAGGAGGCGCAGACUGGCUGGGUUUGACCAGUCCUAUGGAGAGCUGCAGAAGUCUGACUCUGACUCAGACCCGGAGCCUGGAGAGACAGUGGAGACAGAUGAGCAUGAGUGGAAACAGAUAGUGGAUAUGUUGUGGAGUGACCCCAUGCCCCAAAAUGGCUGCAUUCCCAAUGAGGUGCGAGGUGGAGGCUGCUACUGGGGUCCAGAUGUCACUGAAGAGGUGUUAGGAAGACACAACCUGCAGCUGCUCAUCCGCUCCCAUGAGUGCAAACAGGACGGCUAUGAGUUCUGCCACAACCGCAGGGUGCUGACUAUAUUUUCAGCGUCUAACUACUAUGAGGUGGGCAGCAACAGAGGAGCCUACAUCAGAAUGGGCCCUGAUCUGGUCCCACACUUCAUUCAGUAUCAGGCCAGUCAGACGAGCAGAGAGCUCACUCUGAGACAAAGUGUUGGGUGGACGGAGAGAUCAGCUCUGCGAGCUCUGAGGGAACAGCUGUUUGUACAUAAGUCAGAUCUCAUCAGUGCCUUCCAGGAGUUUGAUCCUAACAACACAGGGGUGAUCAGUCUAAGGCACUGGGCCAGUGCCACAGAGACUGUACUGAAGCUGGGUCUGCCCUGGAGGGUGCUACGCCCUCAGCUCGUCAGCAGCACCCAGUACGGCAUGGUCAACUACCAGCAGUGGAUAAAGGAGCUCUCUAUCACUGAGCCCAAACUUGAGAUAUCUGACACCAGCAUCCUAGAGACUAUGUACAAAAACCACUCCAACCUGGAAACCAUCUUCCGAAUCAUAGACACAGAUCACUCUGGUUUGAUCUCUUUCGAGGAGUUUCGUCAAACCUGGAGACUCCUGUGCUCUCACCUCAAGACAGAGAUCAGCGACGAGGCCAUCGCAGACCUGGCCCAGAGCAUCGACUUCAACAAGGACGGGAGCAUCGACAUCAAUGAGUUCAUGGAGGCGUUCCGGCUGGUAGACCUCUCUGCACAUGCCUGAGAGCCCCGACCAGGAACUGUAGCUGCUGUAGUUGCUGAUCGGCUACAUAGAGAACACCAAGAACUGUCUUGAGUAGAUGCGCCUGGACACUCAUCUGUGGAAAUUUGAAUGAACAGUAGUAUUUCAUCCACAUGACCUGGGAGGACUGAGAGUGCAUCAUUGUUUAUAAGAUACAAACUAGAUCUUUUCUACCUCGUAGACUUUUUUUUUUUUUUACAGUAUUAAUUUUUCAUUCAAGUUUAUUCAA